AUGAGAUCUUUCGCUCUUUUCACCUCCGCUCUUGCAGCGUUCGCCAGCACCGUCAGUGCUGCUGGUGUUACUGGUGCCGCUGAAGGUUUCGCCAAAGGCGUUACUGGUGGUGGUUCCGCCGCUGCUGUUUAUCCUACCACCACUGCCGAGCUGGUCUCGUACCUUGGUGAUAGCAAGCCUCGUGUUAUCAUUCUCAACAAGACCUUCGACUUCCGCGGUACCGAGGGCACCACCUCUGCCAAGGGCUGCUCUCCUUGGGGUACUGGCAGUCUUUGCCAGCAGGCCAUUGACAGGNAUGGAUGGUGCGAGAACUACGAGUCCUCAGCACCUAAGGUUCGUUGCGAAAUUGACCUUGUUUUGGCGGAAGAUGGUCUGACAAGAAGUAGGNUUUCUUCCCUUACUUACGAUAAGGCCGGCAUGAUCGGUAUCACUGUCAACUCCAACAAGAGUUUGGUUGGUCAGGGUAACAAGGGUGUUAUCAAGGGUAAGGGUCUUCGCAUGGCAAAUGGUGUCAAGAACAUCAUCAUUCAGAACAUCGCUAUCACUGACCUUAACCCUCACUACGUCUGGGGUGGUGAUGCAAUCACUCNNUUGCUGACCCAACGCAUUGGUCGCCAACACAUCGUUCUGGGAGAGUCUGCUUCUGGAAGAGUCACAAUCUCCAACUGCGACAUCGACGGAUCGUCCAACUGGUCAGCCACCUGCGAUGGACGCCACUACUGGGCUCUGUACUUCACCGGAUCCAAUGACAUGAUUACUUUCAAGGGCAACUACAUCCACCACACCUCUGGUCGUUCCCNNCCCAAGAUUCAAGGCAACACAAUCCUUCACGCUGUCAACAACUACUGGGUCAUGCUUUCGAGCUCGGCCAAGGUGUUUCAGAACGUUAACACUAUUAUUGAGGCUGGGGCUACUGGCAAGUACUUUACUGUUCCUGGUAGUGGUAGUGUCUGCAGCUCCUUCAUCGGUCGCAGCUGCCAGAACAACGCCUUCGGCAGCUCCGGUGCCUUCUCCUCUGCCGAUACCAGCUUCCUCGGUAACUUCAAGGGCAAGAACAUUGCUUCUGCUGCUGCUGCCAGCUCCGUCUCUAAUGCCAAUGUCGGUUAUGGCAAGAUCUAA